GCCUGCCCGUUUCUUCCUCGCCACGCCGUUCGCGCGCCUUCCGAUCGUUUAAUUCCUAGGCCACCCACCUCCAACUCACCGACGCCCGUCUCCUCUUCCUCGUUCCGCUACUCUCCGUGGGCGCCGGGCGCAUAGUGCUUGCUUCUUCUACCCCCGGUGGCUGGUGGCGCCCUCUGGCCGCUGUCGAGGCUCUCGUCUGCACCGCGCGUUGAGGGUGUUCGACGGAAUGUCCCACCGGUCGGCUGAGUUAUCGGAUCAUAUCUGCUUUCUGAAGAGGCAUCAGAGUGUGACGAGGAUCAUAUAGUUGUGACUGACUUGCUUUUCUUUCAGAGAUUCUAAUAUCAGGAAUUCAUACAGGUGGACUAAUGAGAGAAGUGUCCAUGCCAUCCUGCAGUGCUCUUGACAGCAUCUAAACAUAUUUCAGAUUAGUUGUCCCUUUCUGUGAUUCACCAGAAAGCGGUGCAAAUUUGGUUGGCAAAGUUAUCCUUUUCAGUCAUAUUCUGGAUGUAUCAGUAGCUGUCUUCCAUAGAUGGGUAUUCCAUUUAACUACCCUGCCAUAAAUCAGAGGACAAAUUGUCCAAGUGUAGGAUGGUCUGGAAUGUGUCUUGCUGCUCGUUUUCUUUGUAACAUCCGCAACCAUAACAAUUCCCUAAAGGGUAAAAGGCAUGGUAGGAUUGACAGAAAUUUGAUUGACAUGUUUGCGCUCCGUGAGCUUCUGCAACUAUGUGCAAAGAGGAGGUCCCUCCUGGUUGGGAAAAGCUGCCAUGGGCUAGCCAUUCAUUUUGGUCUGGUAACAGAUACUGUUGCAUGCAAUAUUCUAAUCAACCUGUACACAAAAUGUGGUCGGAAUGAUUGUGCUCGUCAUGUUUUUGAUGCAAUGCUUGCCAGAAGCAUAGUCUCAUGGAAUACCAUGAUUGCUGGAUAUACUCAGAGUGGAGAGGAUGUACAAGCUCUGAAGCUUUUUCAAAGGAUGCACCGAGAAGGGAGACAGCUGACUGAAUUUACUUUAUCCAACAUAAUCUGUGCCUGUGCUGCAAAAUAUGCUAUCAAUGAAUGCAAGCAAUUACACACUAUUGCAUUCAAACUUGCAUUGGACUCAAACAGCUUUGUUGGGACAGCAAUUCUAGAUGUUUAUGCAAAAUGUAAUAUGAUUAAGGAUGCCUGCUGGGUUUUUGAGAAGAUGCCUGAGAGAACUUUAGUUACAUGGAGUUCAUUGUUCGCAGGAUAUGUGCAGAAUGGUCUUCACGAAGAAGCAUUAUGUUUAUUUCGGAAUGCCCAAAGGGAAGGAGUAAAAUUGACUGAAUUCACCCUUUCUGCUAUCAUCAGCGCAUGUGCAAGCUUAGCAUUGAAAAUUGAAGGGACACAACUGCAUGCAGUUAUUGUGAAAUGUGGUUUUCAUGAGAACUUCUUUGUGGCAGCAUCUCUUGUGAAUGUGUAUGCAAGGUGUGGCCAGGUUGAAAAAUCUUAUGCACUAUUUGCUUAUAUGGAACAGAAGAAUGUUGUCAUAUGGAAUGCAAUGAUUGCUGGUUUUUCGAGGCAUGGCCAUUCUUGGGAAGCUAUGAUUCUCUUUGAGAAAAUGCACCAGUUAUGUAUUUUUCCGAACGAAGUUACCUAUCUCUCCAUGUUAUCACUGUGCAGUCAUGCAGGUUUAGUUGAAGAGGGUCAUCACUACUUUAACCUGCUAAUAUCUGAUCAGACUGUUGAACCUAACGUCCUUCACUAUUCUUGCAUGGUUGAUGUUCUGGGUCGAUCUGGGAAGACUGAUGAGGCCUGGGAAUUGCUUCACAAAAUGCCAUUUGAACCAACUGCUUCGAUGUGGGGAUCUUUGCUUGGGUCAUGCAGGAACUACAAUAAUAGUGGCUUAGCCAGAAUAGCUGCCGAACAGCUUUUCCAACUUGAGCCUGACAAUGGAGGGAACCAUGUUUUGCUGUCAAAUGUAUAUGCUGCCAGCGGGAACUGGGAGAAUGUUCUGAUGACAAGGAAAUAUUUGAAGGAUAGUGGUGCCAAGAAAGAAAUAGGCAGGAGUUGGAUUGAAGCAAAGGGCAAAAUUCAUGUCUUUGUUGUUGGAGAGAGAAAGCACCCAGCAAUCACUGAUAUCUACAACAAGUUGGAGGAAAUUUAUCACGAUAUGAGAAAAUUUGCUCACAUAACCAAAAUAGAAUGCGAUCUGCAUGAUGUUCAUGAUGACCAAAAAGAGGAGCUGCUUAAACAUCAUAGUGAGAAGUUAGCACUUGCUUUUGGGUUAAUCAGCUUGCCUCCUAAUAUACCAAUUAUAAUACACAAGAACCUUAGGAUAUGCGGGGACUGUCAUUCAUUCAUGAAGGUUGCAGCCCAUAUUACUAAACGUCUAUUCAUUGUCAGAGAUACCAAUAGAUUUCACCAUUUUAAGGAUGGCUCAUGUUCUUGCGGGGACUUUUGGUGAUGUAAGGCUGAAUUGGAGAAUGGCAGUCAUCUACCAGUGGUAUUCUAUUCAUGUAGCAACUUAUUGCCUAUCAGUAGUGGCACUGCAACACUAAAUAUCUUUGUCAGGACUGAUCUUGACAGCUUUGCCAUUCAAGUCAAUAAUGUCAUGCUGCUGGCUCCAUGUAAUAUCAACACUGUCAUCUGAUCUGCGUAUAAGAAAUGGAAGCAUGCAAGUCCUUGGUUAACUGAAUAGACUGCGUCACCAACAAAGCUGUAUCUUGUACAUGACGGGCCACAUAUUUUUUCUGUGGUCCAAUAAAGAUAUAUAUAAUAGGAAGUGGAUGCAAUAUUUGUUCUUACAGAAAUAGACAUGGGAAGUGGAUUUCUUCUCGCCUCAACACUUGCUGAAUUCAGUGAAGAAGUCUGCUAUGCCACUUGGUACUACCAGUGUAAUUAUGGAGAACUGUACCAGCUGAUGCACAUUGUGGUUCCAGCUCCUUAUGAUCGAACCUUUCUUGUCAUUCUUUCCGCUCGAACAGUGAUGAACCCUGGAAAGUGGUACAUUUCGGUCUCCUUCCCCUAGCACUACUCCUGACAUAUUCAAUUUCUGGAACAGUUCAUUCCCUAUACUGUAUUUAAAUAUCUUGCAUUUGAACAUAUUUUGUACUAGCAAUUCGUGGCUUUAAGAAAUUGAGUAAGAUCUUUUCUUGAA